UCCCGCCCGGCAGAGUCGCAGCCUCCCCGGGCCGGGCUCAGAGCGUGGGGUGCAGGGGGUCCCCCCGAGCCGGGUGCUGCGAGCCAGCGGGCAGCCCCCGCCGGCCUCCGCCCGCCUCCGCCCUGCACCCCUCUCCCGGCGACACGGCGGAGGUGGGGGCGGGGGCCUGGCCCGGCGCGCUGGAACAGCUGCAGCCGCGCCGGGCCCGCCUGGAAUGCGGGAACCGGCUGCGCACCAGGACUUUUAUGGAAACUUGCUGGGAGAGACGGCGGCGGCCACAGCAGCCAGACGCUCCCGGCGGCCGCGCAGCAGCCAGACCCCGGCCCGCGCUCGGGCGCGCCCCGCGCAGCCACCGCCGUCGCUCGCCGCAGGCUCCCGGCCGGUGAAAAGAUAUACAACGCUUUAUAAUCAUCUGAAGACCUCACAGCGCAAACAUGAAUGAUAUUUCCCAGAAGGCUGAGAUUCUGCUUUCUUCAUCUAAACCUGUCCCAAAAACCUAUGUGCCCAAACUUGGCAAGGGUGAUGUAAAGGAUAAGUUUGAAGCCAUGCAGAAAGCCAGGGAAGAAAGAAACCAAAGGAGAUCUAGAGAUGAAAAGCAAAGAAGAAAAGAACAAUUGAUUAGAGAGAGAGAAUGGAACAGGAGAAAGCAGGAGAUUAAAGAAAUGCUUGCUUCUGAUGAUGAGGAAGAAGGAUCUUCUAAAGUGGAAAAGGCUUAUGUUCCAAAGCUAACAGGUACUGUCAAAGGUAGAUUUGCUGAAAUGGAGAAACAAAGACAAGAAGAACAAAGGAAAAGAACAGAGGAAGAACGAAAACGCAGAAUUGAGCAGGACAUGUUAGAAAAGAGGAAGAUACAGCGUGAAUUAGCCAAAAGGGCUGAGCAGAUUGAGGACAUAAACAAUACGGGGACUGAAUCAGCAUCAGAGGAAGGAGACGAUUCACUACUUAUAACAGUGGUACCUGUGAAAUCACACAAAACAUGUGGAAAAACAAAGAUGAAUUUUGGAGAUCCAGAAAAAGAAGAAGAAGAGAAAGAAAGAGUCAAAGAUGAAGAAGAUAAGAGAAUAAGAUAUGAAGAACAGCGACGAUCUCUCAAGGAAGCAAAAUGUCUUUCAUUGGUCAUGGAUGAUGAACUAGAGAGUGAGGCAAAAAGAGAAUCACUGUCUCCUGGAAAACUGAAACUAACUUUUGAAGAAUUAGAAAAACAAAGGCAAGAAAAUCGAAGGAAGCAAGCUGAAGAGGAAGCAAGACAACGCUUAGAAGAAGAGAAGCGCUCUUUUGAAGAAGCAAGGCGGCAAAUGGUAAAUGAAGAGGAGGAAAACCAAGAUACAGAAAACAUUUUUAAAGGUUACCGUCCUGGUAAGCUCAAGCUUAGUUUUGAGGAAAUAGAAAGACAAAGGAGAGAAGAGGAGAAGAGGAGAGCAGAAGAAGAAGCCAGAAGGAGAAUAGAGGAAGAAAAGAAGGCAUUUGCUGAAGCAAGGAGAAGCAUGGUUGUAGAUGAGGACUCCCCAGAGAUGUACAAAACAAUCUCUCAAGAAUCUCUUACACCUGGAAAACUGGAAAUCAAUUUUGAAGAAUUAUUAAAACAAAAAAUGGAAGAGGAAAAAAGACGAACAGAGGAGGAACGAAAGCAUAAGUUAGAGCUGGAAAAACAGGAAUUUGAACAAUUGAGACAGGAAAUGGGAGAGGAAGAAGAAGAAAAUGAAACAUUUGAACUAAGCAGGGAAUAUGAAGAAUUAAUCAAACUGAAAAGGAGUGGGUCUAUUCAAGCUAAAAAUCUGAAAAGCAAGUUUGAAAAAAUCGGACAGUUAUCUGAAAAAGAAAUACAGAAAAAGAUAGAAGAAGAACGAGCAAGGAGGAGAGCGAUUGACCUUGAAAUUAGAGAACGAGAGGCAGAAAACUUCCACGAGGAUGAAGAUGUUGAUAUAAAGCCUGCAAAAAAAAGUGAAGCUCCGUUUACUCACAAAGUAAAUAUGAAAGCUAGAUUUGAACGUAUGGCUAAGGCAAGAGAAGAGGAGGAACAAAGAAGAAUUGAAGAACAAAAGUUACUACGGAUGCAGUUUGAACAAAAAGAAAUUGAUGCAGCACUACAAAAGAAAAGAGAAGAGGAGGAAGAGGAAGAAAGUAGCAUCAUAAAUGGUUCCACUAUUGAAGAUGAAGAACAAACAAGAUCAGGAGCCCCAUGGUUCAAGAAGUCCCUAAAAAACACAUCGGUUGUAGAUAGUGAGCCAGUUCGAUUCACUGUUAAAGUAACAGGAGAACCUAAACCUGAAAUUACAUGGUGGUUUGAAGGAGAAAUACUGCAGGAUGGAGAAGACUAUCAAUAUAUUGAAAGAGGGGAAACUUACUGCCUCUAUUUACCAGAAACUUUCCCAGAAGAUGAAGGAGAGUAUAUGUGCAAAGCAGUCAACAAUAAAGGCUCUGCAGCUAGUACCUGUAUUCUUACCAUUGAAAGUAAGAAUUAAUCAUUAUUAAUCUUAAACUUUUGUUCUAUUUAUUCUACUUUCCUUUAAAAAGUUACUUUUCCUUUCUCUUUUUUAGCUGACUACUAGGCUCCCCUUCUCUCUCCCUGGAACAUUCUCUCUCCAACUUUCUUACUACAUCUAUUUUUUCCCUAUGGCGGGGCUAAAAAAAUGGAACCAGAAGUGCCACUGUGUUGCCUUCUUUUCCUUUUCCUAAGUCUUCAAAUACUCGUCAUCUGAAGACUGCCUUCUUGCUUUCCAAAGAGCACCAGAUCCAUCACCAUGGGCAGUAAAAUUUAAUGUGCAUUUAAAGGGGGAAAGUGGGACAUCUAUUCAUUUUAUCAGAACGUACUAGAAAGGCUGUGUAUUUUCCCUGUAACUUUACAGCAAUCAUAUUUAAAAAAAAAAAAAAGUAGAACACCAUGUUUUGCAUGAAAUGCUAUUUGAGCUAUUUACACACCUAAGUUUAGUCUGAAAUAGGUAGUUAUUAAUCUGGAACCUAUCAAAUUAAGUGGACCUUUCCUCUUAGUAAAUCAUUUGGUGGCUGUGGUUUCAAAGUCUUUCUAAAUCAGAUUGGGCAUGGUGUGGAGAUGAAAGUCAUCCUUUUGAUAGGAAGGAAAUCAAGGGCUUAAACAAUUUCCAAGAAAAAAAAAAAUCUGACGGCAACCACUGCCUAAAUUUCAGUGUUAAGAUUAUGAAUUUUUCAAAUGUGUGUAAUGCAUAUUCAAACUUAUAAGGCAAGUGAUAUUUUAUUGAGAAAAACUUGUAUGUAUAGAUCACAUGGAAGUAAACACUUUCUCAACAGGAAAGAUUUCAAGACUUAUGAGGAUUUGCUUUAGGAAAAACAGCACUGUAUUCAAAUUCCAAUUACGGUUUCUAACUCUGUAAAUAAUUAGCUCUCAUGUUCUGCUAUCAGAUUGUUUUAUAUUUUACUUUAAUUUUCUGGAGGACAAUUUUAUUUCACAAUGUAAAUCCAUAAUAAAGCAACUUCUGUAUUAAAUGGAAGUCAUGCAGUGUUUUACAAAAGACAAAGCACUCCUUAUAAUAUUUACCAAUGACAUUUAAUUUUUAUUGAGAAAACCAUAAUCAGUACAAAAUUACAGUAAUCAUGUGCCCUUUACAUACAAUGUCAUUAAAGCAUAACUCUUAACCACA